AUGGAGGACAGAUGGACCACAAUCUUCAGCAAGCGUGUUCCGGCCUUCAGUGCUGAAUCGUCGGCCAAUAAGCCCUAUAUUGAGACAUUAGACGAACUCCCGAACGAUUGCGAUGAUCACACCUCGGUGCAAUAUUUCGAGGGCACAGGUGAAGAAAAUGCCGAGGAAGGAGAUCCCGUGGAAAGUGAUGAGGAGGGUGACGUGGUGCGAACCUUCAUGCGUAUUGGGCAUGAAAGCGAGGUUUGCCUUCCCCAGGCAGAGAAAGUAGUGGACUUUUGCAAGGGCUGCCCGGGCGCCUCUCUCGAUGCACUCCGAGCAGGCAAUUCUAUUCCAGAGCUGAGCCCUGUUGCCCUGGUGGACGAACAAGGCCACAAUGGUUCUAGAAAGGCCAGUGGUGCAUUGAAUCCACGUGAGCUCUACUGGCGACGGAAAAGAGCGCGUUUCAAAAGUCAUUCAUCAAAGAUAUCCAUCCCCACUUUGUUGCGCCCGAUUGGAGAAGAAGUUCGAUCCGAUGGUCAAAAGUUGGAAAUCGCACUUUGCGGCAAGGCUGGGGAUGGUGAGCCGGAUGCAGAGCAACAGACAAACUUUGUCUCCAACCUAGAUCCCUGGAGUAUCAACGCCCUUAUCGGGACAGCACCACAUAUGGAAGUGGCUCACUUGCAGAAAACCCUGUAUAGGCAUCUAUUGUUCGAGCCAUAUAUUGUCUUGGACAUCAACAUGGAAGGAUUGCCGAUGUAUCAUCUAAACUUUAACUUACCAUACUUCGCCUUGAGAAGUUCCAAAACCCCUCGAAAAGAUGAGCGUAUGUACUCCGACAAAGACGCCCUGAGACACUUCUAUGAUGUGUCAUUCCUCAAUGGCAAGAAAGAUCCCGACACAUCUUCCUUCCUCUAUGAGGCUCAAAUCUCUUGCACGGUAUCAGGAAUCGACGACGAGAUCUGGACAGGAUAUUUCUUCAUCGACACUUAUUUCAAUCCAGAGAGCAAGGGAGAAGCUGUUCGCUCUUACGAUCAAGACAGUCUUGCCGAGCGGGGCACGAGAGUCGACCCGUUCACUCAGGGUCAUCAUGAAGUCGAUCGAAAUACUACAACACGUAAUCCUAGGGAAUACUUCUUGACUGUCUUGAGGUUCCGCCUCCAGCAAGUGACGAAUGAGUGGACUAAAGUGGUAGAAAUGUUCAUCAAACGCUGUCGACAGCAGGAGCUGACUUUGCUAUCAACCUCCAGCAAACACCCUUCUAUCGAAUCUCAGAAAUCCGUCAUCCGUGCGAAGUGCCUCUCCAAAAAGUUAUUACUUGCAAUUUCGGAUACCAUUACAUGCAUCGAAGAGUUUUGCGAAGAGCCCUUAAUCAAAAAUUUCCGAUCAGUGGAUUCCCGGCCACCUCUUCACCCGAUCAAACUAAAUAUGAAAGAGCUCAAACGAUUGAGGCAGAAACUCGAGGAGCAGAACGACCACUGGACCAACUUCACAAAUGCCGUAGAAGUCGGACUGGCUAUGCAGAUGAUGCAAGUGGCAAAACUAUCGGUGACCGUGGUGUUGUGCAUAUCACCAGUCGGUCUGGGUGUUAGCAUUUUUUCUAUGGAGAAGGAGGUGAUGCCCUUCGUGCCACGGAACUUCACGUCACUUUUGUGCACCAUUGCAGUGUUGGGUGCCCUGGCCCUUGUCGCUCUUGUUGUUCAAUCAAAUUGGUUCCUGCAUCUCGUCUCCACUUCAAAUCCCUCGAAGUAUUUCUUCUGGUACCGCAACGCCUCACUACCAGAUUUCAAACUCCUGACGCGUCAUGACCAGCUCAAGCUGGGAAAACUUCUCCAGGCAGAUGAAGAGAAUGGUCCAACUCUACCCUAUCACAGAGAAACACGCUCCCUCGGGACCAUGGUCCUCAGGCCGAAUGUCAGCAACGAUACUCACAACGUGCGUACCGAACUGUCAGGUUCAGCAGGGCUACACUGCCCGGGCGAGCAAUCCAACUAUUCUGGCAUCUCGAAGACUUCCCCAUUCACCCCAAGCGAUAGCUCUCAAUAA